AAAACUGGAAGCGUUUCAGCACAGAGCAAACGGCUUUAACCCGAGCGAGGUGCGAAUGAGACACCGCGUUAAGAGAGGCAGUUAGAGAGCAGUUUCAGGAGCAGUAAGGGACAGGCGGGGGAGACCGAGCGGAUGCGGUAGAGAGGUCCACCGAUGCGCCGCGCUCAGCGAACCUGAACAAGUUUUUUUUGUGUGUGUUUUUAUUUUUUUCUCCUCUCUUGCCAAAAAGCCCGAGCACAUCAACUUGUCCCGAUCCGCUCCGAUGGCUUCCAUACUCGGCGGCAGCAGCGGCGGCGGUGCGGGAAGCGGCCAGAUCCGGUGCAAGUUUAAACGGAGAAGGAGGAGAAGAUCCAAGCGCAAAGAAAAAGUAAGCAGCAUGCUGUCUGCACUGAUUGUCCCCUUCAAGUAUAUGAGUCCAGGUCCGAGCAGCACAGAGGAUGAAGACACGCUAAGUACCAGCAGUACAGAGGUGAAAGAGAACUGGAACACGGGGAACUUUGAAGACCGCACAAUCAUGGCAUCAGAUCGUCCGUCCUUCUUCCUGUCCGAUUCGUCUCGGAGCAGCGCGGGCACUCUGAAACGGAAGCGUCCAUUAGAGGAGGACAACAACGGGCGUGUGUGUGAGCUGCGAGUGUGCUGCAGAAGAUCCUCAUGGUCAGACACCCCGAAGAAUGCCGUGGUGCAGCUGAACGAGCUGCGUCCGGGUCUGCAGUACCGCACCGUGUCUCAAACGGGCCCGGUGCACGCUCCGCUCUUCUCCAUCGCCGUCGACGUCAACGGGCUCACCUUCGAGGGAACGGGUCCUACUAAGAAAAAGGCCAAGAUGAGGGCAGCUGAGUUAGCGCUUAGCUCCUUCGUGCAGUUCCCCAACGCCGCUCAGGCUCACUCAGCCAUGGGAGGAGUAUCUAAUCCCACCACGGACUUCACCUCUGACCUUUCGGACUUCCCUGAAACGCUGUUUAAAGGUUUCGAACCUGACAGUUUUCGUUCAGCCAAGUCUGAGCUGCUCUCUAGCGCGCUUCGAUUGCGGCACACGCUGGACUUGAUGGUGGUACAAGCGAGGCAAGGCGACGGCCACUUUUCCACAUCUCCACCGACACCUGAACCGCCUCCUCCACCAAGCCCUGUAGUGCUGCUGAAUAAUCUGCGACCGGGAGCACGCUACGCCUGCCUGUGCCAGAGCACCAGGGGCCGACGCGCUCGCCGCUGCUUUGUGAUGGCCGUGCUGGUGGAUGGCAGAAUAUUCGAGGGCACAGGCUGUAGCAAGAAGCUGGCAAAGAGAAAGGCGGCACUGAGUGCCCUGCAGGCGCUCUUCAACAUCACACAGGCACCCGAGGCGAGAGUGGGUAUGAUCAAGCGGCCUCAUUUACCCCAGGACUUUGCAGACGCCGUGUUUCAUUUGGUGAUGGAGAAAUACAGCGAACUGAUUGGCUGCUCCACCCUGAUGCACGCAUGUCACAAAGGCCUGGCGGGUAUCAUCAUGACCAGAGGGCUGGAUGUGAGGCAGGCUGAAGUGGUAGCACUGGCUACAGGAACUAAGUGCAUUAACGGAGAGUAUCUGAGCGACCAGGGCCUGACCGUGAACGACUGUCAUGCAGAAAUCACAGCCAGACGAGCGUUACUGCGCUUCCUCUACUCGCACCUGGAGCUGCACCUCAGUAAACGAGAGGAGGACAAGGAGCAGUCCAUCUUCAUUCGACAUAAAGACUCAUCUUUCAGGCUGAGAGAGAACGUCCUGUUCCACAUGUACAUCAGCACAUCACCGUGCGGAGACGCCCGCAUUAACUCACCCUACGAGCUCACCACAGACUUCUCGGUGCACAGCAACAGACCGGUGGUGAAGAAGUUCCACAGCCAUCUGCGGAGUAAGAUCGAGUCGGGGGAAGGCACGCUGCCGGUCAGGUGCAGAUCAGCUGUACAGACGUGGGAUGGAGUGAUGCAGGGCGAGAGACUCAUCACAAUGUCCUGCACUGAUAAGAUAGCCAGGUGGAACGUGCUCGGCCUCCAGGGGGCGCUGCUCAGUCACUUUGUCGAGCCUGUGUAUCUGUACAGCGUGAUGGUAGGCAGCGUCACACACACCGGACACCUCUCCAGAACACUCAACCAAAGGAUGGAGCGUCUCGGCUCACUUCCUGCCUGCUACCGUCGCAACCAGCCAGUACUCAGCAGUCUAAGCAGCAGCGAGUGUUGGCAGCAGCUCAAGGCUUCGUGCUUCAGCAUGAACUGGACCGCAGGAGACGAGCAGCUGGAGGUGAUCAACGCCUCCACGGGCAAACGCAGAGACUGCGGAGCUCCAUCACGACUCUGCAAACGUGCACUUUUCACACGCUGGAACAGAGUCUACCGCAAACUGGUAGCGAGCGCUCCGGGUUCAAGCACCGGCCCGCUGACGUACGGCGAGGCCAAGCAGGCGGCGGCGUCCUACCAGAGCGCGAAGGAGCAGUGGGUGCGAGCGCUGAGGGAAGCCGGGUUGGGGACGUGGGUUCGGAAACCGGCGGAACAAGAGCUCUUCAUGCUGACGGCGUGAGACGACGUGACGACUCGACCACGGACAUAAAUACGUCGGUAUGCGAGGGUGAGACCGAGCGGGAACGUGAAGACUCGCUUUGCGCAGUCCGGAGGAGGAGAAUGUGCAGAAGGGAAAAUUGGGUUUUGGGAACGACGCUUCAUUUUCACCUUCCAGCGUCCCCUUUCUGUACUCACCUGCAGCUGUCACACUCCAAUAACUGUGUGUGUGUGUGUGUUAACCUUCGGCAAAGUGAAAGGCAACAGCCAUGUUGUCAUCGCUGGCCUGUUUCCGGAUGCUCGUCCCCUAUAGAGUUCUUCGCACACUGUCCAAUUAAAGGCGCUGUCAGAAUGAUGCGCCCCUCCUCCUCUUUAUUCUUUCACACACACUUAUUCAAGCCUUACCUUUUUUUUUUUUAUUUUUUUUUUUCCUUCCCUUCAUCAAGCACACAAGCUCUCUUGCUCUCACCUCCAAAAGGAAAAAAAAAAAGAGCAGGAGGGUGGUUUGACAUUGCAGCGACAGGUUAAUUCAAGCCCUUUUGUGUGCAGCACAGGGAAUAUAAAGAGACGAGAGGAGGAAAUAGUGACAAGGUAACAUAAAUGGUGCCAUUAAAGCACGGCAGGUCGGUACGGAGCACUCGAGCUGGUACACCUCACUGCUUUAAUACCUUUCUACACAUGACGUCCUUGUGUUUUCUGGGGGGAUUUUUUUUUUGUUUCUUUCUUUCUUUCUUUUGUUGUGUUACUGUACUAAAGUACUAAAGGUGCGCACGGUAGGAGUAGUGACCCGGGUUAAAAGUAAAAAAAAAUAAAUGAAAAAAAAAAAAGGGGGUGAAUCGGACACACGGGAGCGCUGUGGAGAAAAAGUCGACAUGAAUUAUAGGACUUAAUCACUGUUGUUCAUUAAAGCCCCGUUCAUGAGGUAUGAAGUAGGACAGCUCUAUAGCUAGUGUAAAGAGAGCUAGACGUUACGAGACGUAGGCGGAUAGCUGUAGAUUUCCGUUACAGACCGGGGUUUUGACACAUGAUGUGUUUGCCAUGUUUAAUUACUACUACACAGUAGUAUAUGUUACAGCCUUGUGGGUUUUUUUAAGCUCGUCAUCAGGCCAGUGUGUUUAUCAGACGAAUACGAAUAGUCUUUAGGACUAAUUUCAUCCAUAGUUACACGUGGAAUUAGGAGGGCAUGGGGCGGCUCGUUUUAUAUUAUAUAAAAACAUUACAAGACAUAAAUGUGACCCGUAUUUCUGUCAUGUUUACAGGGGAAAGGAAAAUAAUGUAAUGAAAAUUAAAAAUAAAUAAAUAAAUAAAUAAACAAAACAUUGUCGUUUAAAAUAACAGACCAUAAUAAAAGUCAUGCAGCAAAAAAUAAUAAUAAUAAUAAUAAUAAUAAUAAUAAAGUGUCGAAAUCGUAAAUAAAUCCUGAUUCCGGUUGAAGUUACAAGCAGAAUCUGUAGGCAUAAAUAUGAUGUAUAAUCAUACAGGGCUAAAAAUAAAUCAAAUUGAAAGUUUAACUCAGAAUUAUGGUGCACAGUGCAAUUCUAUCGUCAAUCCAUCCAUCCAUCCAUCCAUCCAUCCAUCUUCAAGCGCUUAUCCUUCUUCAGGGUCGCGGGGAACCUGGAGCCUAUCCCAGGGAGCAUCGGGCACAAGGCGGGGUACACCCUGGACAGGGUAAUUCUAUCAUCAAAUGUUAGAGAACUGAUAAUAAAUAAAUAAAUAAAUCCAUAAAUAAAUCCAUAAAUAAAUAAAAAGGUCUUAGAUGAAGCCUUUA